AUGCCCUGGUUUUUUGCCGCGCACCCUGCGCUGAUUCCGAAGGCGCUAGCGCAUCCCGUCGGCACAAUUGCCGCCACGGCCUUUGCGCUUGGCGCACUCGCGGGGGUGUGUGCGCCGGGCCUGUGGGCGCUCGUAUGCGGCAUGCUCACUUAUACCCCACAGAGACUAGCGCCAUUGCAAGUGUAUCUCUUUGCAUGGUCGUGCUUUCAUGUGCUCGAAUUCGUCGUGACGGCGUACUGGAAUCCUACGCACCUGCAGUCGGACUCGUUUCUCUUGCAAAAUGGAUUUGAGUACGUGGCCGCGCAUGCGAUGGGCGUACUGGAGUACGUGCUCGAAUCGGCCUGGGCACCCACCUGGAAGUAUGUGUGGUGCGUCCAAGCGUUCGGUGCUGUCCUCAUAGUGAGUGGCCAGCUGCUGCGCUCGUUUGCCAUGAUCCAUGCUUCCACCAACUUUAGUCAUGCACUGGCCCAGACGAAGCGAGAGGACCAUGUGCUGGUGACGACGGGCGUCUAUGCGGUAGCGCGGCAUCCGUCGUAUGCCGGCUUUUUUUGGUGGGCCGUCGGCACGCAGAUCAUGCUGGGAAAUCCAGUGUCCUUGAUCCUGUUUACGGUCCUACUGACGCGCUUCUUUGCUCAGCGCAUUCGCGUCGAAGAAGCGACACUGCGUGCCUUUUUUGGUGACGCGUACCGCUCGUAUGCAGCUCGCACGCCGCGCGGCGUGCCUCUUGUAGGUUGGGUCACGUGA